AUGGCGAGCGCCAAGCUUUUGGAAGAAGCAUGGGCUGCUCGAGAGUCACUGCUCAGGUUUGCGGACGAGGAGCAUGAGCGCUGGCUUGAAUCAGUCAUGGACCGGUUCAACAGCAUUGAGGAAGCCAUCAAGGACUUCACUCCUCCAGCGCCUCCUGACACACAUGAGGGGGGACGGACCAAGGCCUCUGGUGAUGUGGGUCGGCAGAUGCUGGCUAUCCGGCCAACGCAACCACUGCGACUGGCGGAGCAGGCGGAUCCUGUUCCGCCAUCCCCAUGUGCCAUGAGCGACUUCCUCCAGCUUUCCAAAGAUGCUUCCUCCUGGACGAACGACCACACGGACAGAGCAUCUCCGCAUUCAAUGGUGGAUUGGCCCUCUGGUAUCCAGGACACGCUGCAGCGCAUGAUCAGCCCGUCCGCCGACCGGAUCGUGGCAAACAGGCUGUCAGUGGUGGGAAGGCCCUCAGACACUCAGAAGGAUAGCUGCUGGGACCGGUUGGUCCUCUGCCUCGGCUUCCACCUCAACUACUUUGCGGCCGUCGUACUAGCCCUGAACUUGGUCUUCAUGUGCCUGGAGCUGGAGCUGCAGGGGAGAGAAGUCGGGCGAUUUCUGGGCGCAGGGGAAGAGAUGUACGACCUGGGCGACAUGGGCCCCGCACUCCGACGUAUUGACGUUGUGUUCGAUUGCAUAUACAUAGUGGAGCUAUUGCUGCGAAUCGGUCUUGAGCGGUGGCUCUUUUUCAGUGCCUGCGCGAAUUGGUUUGACACUUCCCUCGUUGUAGCAGCCGCGUUUGAUAUUGGCCUCUUCUUGUUUGCUGAUGCGGACGACAGUAUGAUGGCAGUGGCUUUCGCUCGAGCUGUGAACACGCUUCGGGCCAUCCGCCUGCUUCGAAUUUUUCGGCUGUUUCGAGGCUUGCGAAUCCUGAUCAGGGCUUGCCACGCCUUUCUGCCCACUUUGGGCUGGUCAAUGGUUUUGCUUGGACUCUGCAUGGUGAUGAGUGGUCUCCUGGUGGGUUCAUUGCUUCAGGCCUUCCUGUGGGACAAUGUGCUUGCACUCGAGCAUAAGCUUUGGGUGUUUGCGCGCUAUGGCACCGCAUAUCGGUCCAUCUAUACGUUGUUCGAGAUAACCUUCGCUGGCAAUUGGCCCACAAAUGUCCGCCCUGUCCUUGAGAACGUCAGCGACAUGUUUGUGAUUCCAUUCAUCCUGUACAUCACCAUUGUAACCUUCGCCGCGUUGCGCGUCAUCACGGCCGUAUUCCUCAAGGACACCUUGGAAGCCGCUGCGAACGAUGCGGAGCACCAAGUCACAGAGAAGCUGAAGAGGAAAGCACAAUACGUGGAGAAGCUGGAGGCCAUGUUCAAGGCGAUCGAUGACACCGGCAAUGGCAUGAUCACCGAAGAGCGAUUGAAUGCCUUGCUGAGCAACUCGACUGUGCGAGCUUAUCUGGAGACGCUGGACCUGGCCGUGCCCGAGGGCACAGCCUUGUUCCAUAUCCUGGACAAUGGUGAUGGCGAAGUCACAUUGGAGGAGUUUAUCGAUGGAAUUCUACGGUGCAAAGGGCCAGCAAGGGCCAUUGAUCAGGUUGCGCUCCACGCUGACAUCAGGCAGCUGGAUAACAAGCUCACUGUGGCGAUGCAGUUGCGACUUGGCGCGCAGGAUUGGCUGAGACAGUAA